AUGGCUUCCCUAGCAACCACUGGAUGUGCCGUUACACGUAGCUCGCAGGGGGAGAGAGACUUCAGGGUCCAUCAGCCCAGCACACCCGCACCAGACAGCAGUCACGAUGAGGAGCAAAGGCUGUCCAGACAAAAGGCUGUGGAGUUUUUAAGGGAAGCUGAGAGAAACCGCAGACUGAUAGAAAAGUUGGAGAAAGAGAAGACCCUGAGUGUUCAGUGCAGAAAGAACGGCUGGGCAGACGUGUUUGGAGAGCUGGAGGAGUUUGACAAAGUGCUGGAGGAAGAAAGAAAGAAUCAGAAAAUGAAUGUCCAAAAACAGCUGGUAAAGAUCCACAAUGGUGUGAGGAAAUUUCAGAGACAGCUGACUGAUGUAAAACCAACUCCUGAGUUGAUUGAGAGACUUAAGGACAUCAUGUCCGAGAUUGAAAUUUCAAUUAAUACCUUGAAGGAGGAACAACGGUCAAGCUUUGAAGAGCUCCUGAAGGAGGAGCGAACAUGCAGACAGGAGAUCACCGCUUACGAGAAAAAGAUUGAAAACUGGAGCCUUGCUGUCCAAACAAACAGGCCAAAACUAAACACAACUUCAACUGUAAAGACAAAACUCCCGGACCGAGACCUCCCUCCUGAAGUCAGAGCAGUGGAGGUUUUUCUCCAGAAGACAGGAGGCCAGUAUGGAGGGUGGGACCAUUAUGACCACCAAGCUUUCCUUAAAGUCUGGACUAAGCACAGUGGGCAGCCAGCCUACAAGAAGGAGGCCAAGCUUUACCUGCCAGGUAAAACAAUGGAGCAGAUAGAGGAACAUGAGGAGUGGCAUCAGGAGCUGAUCUACCUGCAGGACAGAAAGAGAGAGGCUAUUCAGAGGUGGAAAGCAAUCAAGCAUCAGCAACGCCAGACAAGGAUACAGAGUCAGGAAGAAGCGGAGGAGGCAGAGAGGAGGGAGAAGGAGACCAGGAGCCAGGUCCACCUACACAAGACUGAAGAGGAAAGGAGGGAGACGGCACAGCGGCUGGAGGAGUGGAAGGAAGAGAGGAGGAGGAUCGAAGAAGAGGAAGAGAGGCAGAGACUGGCUGAGGAGAUUCAAAAGAGGAGAAGAGCAAAGGAAGAGCGUCGUCGCCAGCUGGAAGUCAAGCUGGCCAUUGAGGAGCAGCAGCGGCUGAGGAAAGAAAAGGAUGAGGAGCAGGAGAGGAGGAGGAGAGAGGAGGAACAGAGAGAAAUGGAUGAGAGGAGGAGGGAGGCGGCAAAGGAGAUCAAACGCUUAAAUGAAAGGGAUCUGCACAAGGUGGAGGCAAAGCUUCAGGAGAAACAGCUGAGAGAAAAAGAAGAGGAGGAGAGACAAAGGAGAAUAGCUGUUAAAUUAAAAGAGAAGGUGGAUGGUCAUGUCAGCAGAGACGCCUCCAGGCUCACCCGUCCCACAAAGGGAUGGGAGGAGCGAAUGAAACACAUUGGACCUUCAGGAGGAGGGCCUGUGCUUCAGACGUUUCACAGAGCUGUUCCAACCUGGAGACAAGGCCUGUGAAGAGCACUAAACAAACUGAGCAGUCCUUAAAAGCAUUCAGUGCAAUUUUCUGUAAUGAUGACAUUUGAUCAGAUUCUUAAAAAUACAUGGAAAUUGGAAAAUAACACUGUAUUGUGCCU